AAUCUCAUAGUUGCACUGUUGCACUUGCACAGCAGAAGAUUGUAUAUUUCUGAAUAGCUAGCUUCUCAUUGACACUCCUCUCAAACAGAAGGAUGAGCAACCGGACAGUGUCAAUUUUAAGAUUGAUUUUCCUUGUGGUGUUUCUUGGAUGGCUUGUGAUUUGGAUUAUGAUGCCUACAAAAACCUACAAAAAUGGCUGGAUGCCCAACUUACAAAGCAAGCUCAAUUCUACAUAUUUUGGAGAACAAGGGGUUAAUCUUCUGCUCUUCUCAUUCCCAGUGAUGUUAAUAGCAGCUUUAAGCUGUGUUUAUCUCCAUCUCCAAAAGAAAUCAAUUAGGUCACCAUCGUCCACAAGUACUACUACCACCGGUGUCAAGACAAAUCGAUUAGCAUUUUGGAGACGUCCAGUGGUUGUGAAGGCUCCUCUGGGAAUUGUCACUGCAAUAGAGCUCGCUUUUGGACUCAUGUUUGUUUCACUCUUGGUCUGGUCUCUUGCCAAUUACUUAUAUGUCAGCUUCGGCCAACUCCAUAUGCAUAUGCCUGGCGAGAAAGUGUGGGAAGCGAAGUUUCGAAGUGUGUCAUUGAGAUUAGGUUACAUUGGGAACAUUUGCUGGGCACUUCUCUUCUUCCCUGUAACUCGAGGAUCUUCGAUUUUACCUCUCUUCGGGCUGACAUCCGAGUCAAGUAUUAAGUAUCAUAUUUGGCUCGGCCAUCUCUCGAUGAUCCUCUUUGCUGCACAUACCGUAGGGUUCGUCAUCUACUGGGCCAUGACUAAUCAGAUGGUUCUGCUGCUUCAGUGGAGCAAAACCUACGUAUCAAAUGUAGCUGGGGAGAUUGCAAUUGUGUUGGCAAUGGCCAUGUGGAUCACAAGCAUUCCUCGUGUUAGGCGUAAAAUGUUUGAACUGUUUUUCUACACUCACCAUCUCUAUGCACUCUACAUCUUCUUCUACGUACUGCAUGUUGGUGCUUCCUACUUCUGCAUGCUCCUCCCCGGCAUCUUCCUCUUCAUCGUCGAUCGAUACUUGAGAUUUUUACAAUCGUACCAACGAGCCAGGUUAGUCUUAGCUCGUGUUUUACCAUGUGGUACCGUUGAGCUCAACUUCGCCAAGACACAAGGAUUGGAUUAUAAUCCCACUAGCAUCUUGUUUAUAAACGUGCCAAGCAUAUCCAAGUUGCAAUGGCACCCAUUUACAGUGACUUCAAACCCUAAUAUGGAGCCACACAAUCUCAGUGUUGUCAUCAAGAGUGAAGGCGGUUGGUCUCAAAAACUCUACAAGCAACUCUCUUCAAAUGUGAAUCAAAUCCAAGCUUCUGUCGAAGGACCUUAUGGUCCCGUUUCAUCUCAUUUUCUAAGGCACGAGGCUCUGGUGAUGUUCAGUGGAGGGAGUGGAAUCACUUCUCUCAUUUCCAUAAUCCGUGAAAUUAUUUUCCAAACCACCAAACCCGAUUCCCAUUUGCCACGUGUGCGGCUCAUAUGUGCCUUCAAGAACACAGAUGAUCUCUCCAUGCUACAACUCUUGCUUCCUAUUUAUUCAACCCCUUUUGAUUUUUCCCUCAUAGAUUUGCAAAUUGAAGCCUAUGUCACCAGAGAGACAGAGCAGCCGCCGGCAUUGGCUUGGAAGCCCAUCCAAACGGUGUCAUUUAAGACCGACUCGUUGGACUCACCCAUUUCUAGGGUUUUAGGUCCAAACAAUUGGCUAUGGCUUGGUGCAAUAGUGACGUCCUCAUUCGUCUUGUUUCUUGUUACUUUGGGACUUACCACUCAUUUUUACAUUUACCCGAUUGACCACAACACUGGUGAAAUUUACCACUACUCCUUUACCUGUCUCUGGUACAUGUUUCUGGUCUGUUCUUGUAUUUUCCUGGUAUCUAGUGUAAUUCUUCUUUGGUGCAAGAGACAACAAAAUGCCUUGGAAGGGAAGCCAAUCCAAAAUGUGGAAGUACCAACUCAUGACAUAGAACUUGAAGGCCUUCCACACCAUCCUGAAACCCUAAUUGCUCAAAAAACCCAGGUGCAGUAUGGAACAAGGCCUGAUCUCAAGAAAAUUCUGUUGGAGGCCGAGGGAUCUGAUAUUGGAGUGUUGGUGUGUGGGCCAAGGAAGAUGAGACAUGACGUUGCCAAAAUCUGUUCAUCUGGUUUGGCAGAUAAUUUGCACUUCGAGUCCAUUAGCUUCGACUGGUGAUGCAUGCAUGCAUGCAUGCAUGCUAGUUUCAGUCUGAAGCCUCUAUUAUAACGCUCAAUAAUUGUCAUUCAUGAGAUUUGCUUUCAGCACCUCUGUGUCGUCUUUAAAGAUGUGUGAACGUAAAGUGUUUAUGGAUUUGUAAUUUCUUUCUUUUUUUUGGUUGGGUGGAAAUAAAUAAUUGAUGUAUUAUAAUUUGUAAUCUACAUAUGCUCGAAUUGUACAAUGAAUGUUAAUUACUAUGUAGCCAUCAUCAGCCAUGGCACUUGAUCAUUUGCUGAAAACAA